GUGAGCUUAACUCUUAGGAGUCGCUAUGGUGACAGGGAGGCCCGAGGCUUCUUGGUAACUGGUCAUACUUCUGUGAGUACGAUCGCCACCGCUUUCCUGGCACUUAAGUGAAUACAAUCAAGUGGCAUUUUAAAAUUUUGCUGGAAGGUGGAGACAUGAGACUGAAGAUAUCUCUUUUAAAAGAACCAAAGCAUCAAGAAUUAGUAAGCUGUGUGGGCUGGAAUACUGCUGAAGAACUGUAUUCGUGUAGUGAUGAUCACCAGAUAGUGAAGUGGAACUUGUUAACUAGUGAAACAAGUCAAAUAGUAAAGCUGCCUGAUGAUAUUUACCCAAUAGAUCUUCACUGGUUUCCAAAAAGUUUAGGCAUAAAGAAACAAACUCAAGCAGAAAGCUUUGUUCUCACAAGUUCUGAUGGCAGAUUUCAUCUGAUUUCUAAGUUAGGAAGAGUGGAAAAAAGUGUGGAAGCUCACUGUGGAGCAGUACUUGCUGGACGAUGGAAUUAUGAAGGAACAGCAUUAGUUACAGUUGGAGAAGAUGGACAAAUAAAAAUCUGGUCAAAGACUGGAAUGCUAAGAUCAACUUUAGCUCAGCAAGGAACACCAGUGUAUUCAGUAGCAUGGGGCCCUGAUUCGGAAAAGGUUCUUUACACAGCAGGCAAACAGCUGAUCAUUAAACCUCUUCAACCAAAUGCUAAAGUUUUACAGUGGAAAGCUCAUGAUGGCAUUAUUUUAAAAGUAGACUGGAACUCAGUCAAUGAUUUAAUUUUAUCUGCUGGCGAAGACUGUAAAUAUAAGGUAUGGGAUAGCUACGGCCGCCCUCUGUACAGUUCACAACCUCAUGAGCAUCCUAUUACCUCAGUUGCCUGGGCUCCAGAUGGAGAAUUAUUUGCUGUUGGAUCAUUUCAUACUUUACGCUUGUGUGAUAAAACUGGGUGGUCAUAUGCUUUAGAAAAGCCCAACACUGGCAGCAUAUUUAAUAUCACAUGGUCAAUUGAUGGCACCCAGAUCGCUGGAGCCUGUGGAAAUGGACAUGUUGUUUUUGCACAUGUGGUGGAGCAACGUUGGGAGUGGAAAGAUUUUCAAGUAACAUUAACUAAAAGAAGGACCAUGCAGGUUCGUAACGUUCUUAAUGAUGCAGUGGAUUUACUGGAAUUCCGUGAUAGAGUCAUUAAAGCCUCUUUGAACUAUGCACACUUAGUUGUUUCAACGUCUCUUCAGUGUUAUGUGUUCUCUACGAAGAACUGGAAUACACCACUUAUAUUUGAUCUCAAAGAAGGAACUGUUAGUUUAAUUCUGCAGGCAGAAAGACAUUUUCUUCUUGUAGAUGGUGGUGGUAUCUAUUUAUAUUCUUAUGAAGGGCGCUUCCUUUCCUCUCCAAAAUUUCCUGGAAUGAGAACAGAUAUUCUAAAUGCACAGACGGUCUCUCUGAGUAAUGAUACCAUAGCAAUAAAAGACAAAGCUGAUGAAAAAGUAAUCUUCCUCUUUGAGGCAUCAACUGGAAAACCACUGGGAGAUGGGAAGCUUCUUUCUCAUAAGAAUGAAAUUUUGGAAAUUGCUCUAGAUCAAAAGGGACUUAUCAAUGAUAGAAAAAUUGCUUUCAUUGAUAAAAAUAGAGAUCUCUGUAUCACUUCAGUGAAACGAUUUGGGAAGGAAGAACAAAUUAUCAAACUUGGAACAAUGGUGCAUACUCUGGCGUGGAGUGAUACAUGCAACAUCCUCUGUGGACUUCAAGAUACUCGAUUUACAGUGUGGUAUUACCCCAAUACGGUUUAUGUGGACAGAGACAUUUUGCCUAAAACAUUAUAUGAAAGGGAUGCAAGUGAAUUUAGUAAAAAUCCCCAUAUCGUGAGUUUUGUUGGAAAUCAGGUAACUAUAAGAAGAGCUGAUGGCUCACUGAUUCACAUCAGCAUAUCACCAUAUCCUGCUAUUCUCCACGAAUACGUAAGCAGUUCAAAAUGGGAAGACGCUGUAAGACUUUGUCGUUUUGUUAAGGAGCAAACCAUGUGGGCUUGCCUAGCUGCUAUGGCAGUUGCUAAUCGAGAUAUGACUACUGCAGAAAUAGCCUACGCGGCAAUUGGUGAAAUUGAUAAGGUUCAAUACAUCAAUUCUAUAAAAAAUCUUCCAUCUAAAGAAUCAAAAAUGGCCCACAUAUUAAUGUUUAGUGGGAACAUACAGGAGGCUGAAAUGGUACUUCUUCAGGCUGGCCUUGUUUAUCAAGCGAUUCAGAUCAAUAUUAAUCUCUACAACUGGGAAAGGGCACUUGAAUUAGCUGUUAAAUACAAAACACAUGUUGAUACAGUGCUUGCCUACCGUCAGAAGUUUUUGGAGACAUUUGGUAAACAGGAAACAAAUAAACGAUACCUGCAGUAUGCAGAAGGUCUCGAAAUAGAUUGGGAGAAAAUCAAAGCCAAAAUUGAGAUGGAAAUUACUAAAGAACAAGAGCGAUCCUCAAGCAGCCAGCCCAGCAAGAAUAUUGGUCUUAAGCACUAAAUGCCAUGCUUACCUUUAAGAAGUUUUACCUUUUGAAACUGAUUCUGAUUAACCAAGGAUAAGCUUGUUUUCCUUGCUUAAAAAAAGGCAGAAUCUCUAAGUAUAAGCACUUGCUGUAUAUUUAAUACCAAAAGCAUAGUCAGAAAGACUAAGCACAAAAUAAUUGAUGUAAUUUCAUCUUUUAUAUUUUUAGUCCAAUAAUUAGCAAAACAUCCUAUAUAUGUAUGAUGCAUCUAUGUAGUAUUGCUUACAUUCCAGUUUUCUGUCCAUUAUUUUAUCCCUGA